GACUGGGGAGGAACACAUCUCAGCUGGGCAAAGGAGAAGAAAGGACACCCCAAGCCCCCCUCCCCCUGUCAGACUUUUGGGUUUCUUCCUCCUUAUGGCUGUGCAGUGAUCACCUCCUGGACUUUUGGAAGGAGUUGGAGCAGUAGAUUGAAAUCCUCAGAUUCCUUAUCAGCUGGGGGUGAUCCCAGUUUUUUUUUUGUUGGAGAUGGAGAGGUGGAACACAAGGUGGAAAACGAAAAGGAGGUUGUGGGAUUCCUCUCUUAGCUCCCUAAUUCUCAUCACUUUGACUUUCCUUCUCCAAGCUGCAGAGGUCAGAGGAGCUGGACCAGUCGAUGUACUUAGAGCAUUAGAUUUUCACAAUACACCAGAAGGUGUGUCAAAAACAGCAGGGUUUUGCACAAACAGAAAGGCAUCCAAGGGAUCAGACACAGCAUACAAAGUUCAUAAAAAUGCCCAGCUUAGUGUACCAAUGAACCAAUUAUACCCAGGGGGGGUAUUUCCAAAGGAUUUCUCAAUCCUGCUGACAGUAAAGCCCAAGAAAGGCCUGCAGUCAUUUAUCCUGUCAAUAUACAGUGGGGAAGGAACACAGCAGAUAGGCGUUGAGGUUGGCAGGUCUCCUGUCUUCCUUUAUGAAGAUCAGAAUCGACUACCCUCACCAGAAGACUAUCCCAUUUUUAGCACUGUCAAUGUUGCAGAUGGAAAGUGGCACCGGAUUGCAAUCAGUGUGGAAAAGAAGACCAUCACAAUGAUUGUGGACUGCAAAAAAAAGAUAUCCAAACCCUUACCGAGAAGUGACCGUCCUGUGGUGGAUACCAAUGGCAUUGCUGUAUUUGGGACUCGCAUCCUGGAAGAGGAAGUUUUUCAGGGGGACAUCCAGCAGCUUCUGAUUAUUGAUGACCCCAAAGCUGCGUAUGACUACUGUGAACAUUACAUGACGGACUGUGACAAGCCAGCACACCUUUUGCCCCAAGCUCAGGACCCCCAAGUGGAUGAGUAUGCACCUGAUGAGCAAGUCGAUUAUGACUAUAUGUAUGGGGAAACAGAUUACAAGGAGACUGAUUAUGUAACAGUGGCACCCUCAAUAACUGAAGAAUAUGUAGCUCAGACUGAGAAGAAGAAAGCCAAUUCCAAAACGAAGAAGAAGCCAGUGCCCCCUAAGUCAAAGGACAAACCCCCAAAGGUCACGCCCAAAAACUCAUUUGCAGCUAAGAAGAAGAAGGGCAAGACCGAUUACCAAGCAUCAACAAGAAAAAGAAUAGGGGCUAAUGUAGUUGACUACAUUCCAGAACAGUAUGGUGAAGUGGACUAUGGUUACCAGACAGACACACCUGCUCUUACUACUGGACUCAAUGAGAAAACCCCUGUGGAUGAGACACUGGUGGAGGAAACCUUUGUGGAUGAGCCUUUUCUGGAGGAGUACGUAACUGGCGAGGAUUAUGACUCAGAGAAAAAGCUGGUUGAGGAAACAGACUAUGGGGUGAAAGCAGUAGACCCUACACCAACUGAGCCGGUGGUGGUAGGAGAUUUAGAAAAAGAUUUAUAUGAUUAUACAGACUAUGAAGAGAAAGAAACAAAUCCUACCAGAGAAGAGUUUGGACCUGGGGUUGCUGCCGAAACAGAUGUUUCAGAGACCAACGUAAAUAACUAUGGAGGAUAUGGCGAGAAGGGCCAGAAGGGAGAACGAGCUGUUAUUGAACCAGGAAUGCUUAUUGAAGGACCCCCAGGACUGGAAGGACCAGCAGGUCUUACUGGUCCCCCUGGCUUGCAAGGCCCAUCUGGUCCAUCUGGAGACCCUGGUGAGAGAGGUCCACCUGGUCGUCCUGGAUUACCUGGUGCUGAUGGAUUAGCUGGACCUCCAGGCACUAUGCUGAUGUUGCCGUUCCGGUAUUCCAGUGAUGGCGAAAAAGGACCACCUGUCUCAGCACAAGAAGCACAAGCUCAGGCUAUCCUUCAGCAAGCUCGUAUUGCCAUGAGGGGGCCUCCAGGUCCAAUGGGUCUCACAGGAAGAUCUGGCCCAGUGGGGUCUCCGGGCGCUACAGGCAUUAAAGGAGAGUCAGGAGACUCAGGCCCCCAGGGCCCCAGAGGAAUUCAGGGAUCACCUGGUUCAAUGGGAAAAGCUGGUAAAAGAGGACGUCCUGGAGCUGAUGGAGCACGUGGAAUGCCUGGAGAACCUGGUUCAAAGGGUGACAGAGGUUUUGACGGUCUUCCAGGUCUUCCCGGUGAGAAAGGUCACAGGGGGGAUAAAGGUCCUCUAGGCCCACCUGGCCCACCUGGUGAAGAUGGAGACAGGGGAGAAGAUGGAGAGGUUGGACCCAGAGGGCUGCCCGGUGAACCUGGUGAGCGAGGAUUGUUGGGUCCAAGAGGUUCCCCUGGCCCUCCAGGACAACAUGGUGUUGCUGGUGUAGAUGGACCCCCAGGACCUAAAGGUAACUUGGGCCCUCAAGGAGAACCUGGCCCAGCUGGUCAACAAGGAAUUCCAGGAACACAGGGUCUUCCUGGUCCCCAAGGCCCCAUCGGUCCCCCUGGCGAUAAGGGUCCUCAUGGAAAGCCUGGUCUGCCUGGAUUACCUGGAUCUGAUGGACCCCCAGGUCACCCCGGAAAGGAAGGACCACCAGGUGAAAAGGGAGCUGGGGGUCCCAAUGGUCCCCAAGGUCCUAUUGGUUAUCCUGGACCUCGUGGUGUCAAGGGUGCUGAUGGUGUAAGAGGCUUGAAGGGAGGCAAAGGAGAAAAGGGUGAAGAUGGAUUCCCAGGAUUUAAGGGUGAUAUGGGAUUAAAGGGAGACAGGGGAGAAGUAGGCCCAUUAGGUCCAAGAGGAGAAGAUGGUCCUGAAGGUCCAAAGGGAAGAUCUGGUCCAAAUGGAGAUCUUGGUUCAGCUGGUCCAGCUGGUGAAAAGGGCAAGCUUGGUGUUCCCGGUUUGCCUGGAUACCCAGGCCGACAGGGUCCAAAGGGAUCAACAGGAUUCCCAGGAUUUGCAGGAGCCAAUGGGGAAAAAGGAGCUCGGGGUGUUGCUGGAAAACCAGGUCCAAGGGGACAACGAGGUCCAACGGGUCCACGGGGCGCUAGAGGUCCAAGGGGUCCUACUGGAAAACCAGGUGCUAAGGGCACAUCAGGAAAUGAUGGUCCUCCCGGCCCACCUGGUGAAAGAGGACCUCAAGGACCACAGGGCCCUGCUGGCUUCUCAGGACCGAAGGGCCCCCCUGGGCCUCCUGGAAAGGAUGGGUUGCCCGGCCACCCUGGACAGCGUGGUGAAACUGGUUUCCAAGGAAAAACUGGUCCACCAGGUCCUGGAGGUGUUGUAGGUCCACAGGGUCCAACUGGAGAAACUGGUCCUAUUGGUGAGAGAGGUCAUCCUGGACCUCCUGGCCCACCUGGAGAGCAAGGGUUACCUGGAUCAGCUGGAAAAGAGGGUGCAAAGGGAGACCCUGGUCCUCAAGGGGUCUCUGGUAAAGAUGGUCCGGCAGGCCUUCGUGGAUUCUCUGGAGAGAGAGGUCUUCCUGGAGCACAGGGUCCUGCAGGAUUAAAAGGUGGAGAAGGUCCACAGGGUCCACCUGGUCCAAUUGGUUCUAGUGGAGAAAGAGGAGCUGCAGGUGCUGCUGGACCAAUUGGUUUACCUGGAAGACCUGGUCCUCAGGGCCCACCAGGACCAGCAGGAGAGAAGGGAGCUCCUGGAGAAAAAGGACCCCAGGGACCAGCUGGCCGAGAUGGAGUACAAGGACCUGUGGGUCUCCCAGGACCUGCCGGCCCUCAGGGACCACCUGGUGAAGACGGUGACAAGGGUGAAAUAGGAGAGCCUGGCCAGAAAGGAGGAAAAGGAGACAAAGGAGAACAGGGUCCACCAGGACCAGCCGGUCUUCAGGGUCCAGUCGGAGCUCCCGGUCCAGCUGGAUCAGAUGGAGAACCUGGACCAAGAGGUCAGCAAGGAAUGUUUGGGCAGAAGGGGGAUGAAGGCGCUCGUGGUUUCCCAGGUCCCCCUGGUCCAAUUGGUCUGCAGGGUCUUCCUGGACCUCCAGGUGAAAAGGGAGAAAACGGUGAUGUUGGACCAAUGGGUCCACCUGGCCCCCCUGGUCCCAGAGGCCCUCAAGGUCCUAAUGGUGCAGACGGUCCACAAGGUCCUCCUGGGUCAAUUGGUUCUCCUGGAGCAGUUGGUGAGAAGGGUGAACCUGGAGAGGCUGGAAACCCAGGACCCCCUGGUGAAGCCGGUGUUUCUGGUCCUAAAGGUGAAAGAGGAGAGAAGGGAGAAGCUGGACCAUCCGGAGCAGCUGGACCAGCUGGUCCUAAAGGCCCACCAGGAGACGAUGGACCAAAAGGAAAUCCUGGUCCUGUUGGAUUCCCUGGAGAUCCCGGUCCUCCUGGAGAACCUGGUCCUGGUGGUGCAGAUGGCCUUUCUGGUGACAAGGGUGAAGAUGGUGAUUCAGGUCAACCUGGCCCUCCUGGUCCAUCUGGAGAAGCUGGUCCACCUGGUCCUCCUGGCAAGAGAGGUCCUCCUGGAUCUCCUGGCACAGAGGGAAGACAAGGAGAAAAGGGUGCAAAGGGUGAAUCUGGAGCAGAAGGACCUCCUGGGAAGACAGGACCUGUUGGACCUCAGGGCCCUGCAGGAAAACCAGGACCAGAAGGUUUAAGAGGAAUUCCAGGACCUGUGGGUGAACAAGGUCUUCCAGGUGCUUCUGGUCAGGACGGACCUCCAGGCCCAAUGGGACCUCCCGGACUUCCAGGUCUGAAAGGUGACCCCGGCACCAAGGGAGAAAAGGGACAUCCUGGUUUGAUUGGUCUGAUAGGUCCCCCUGGAGAACAGGGUGAGAAGGGAGACAGAGGACUUCCAGGUCCACAGGGAACUCCCGGAUCCAAGGGUGAUGGAGGUGUCAGUGGUCCUUCUGGUCCAAAUGGUCCUCCUGGUGCUCCUGGGUUACCUGGUCCUCAAGGUCCUAAAGGUUCAAAGGGUUCAGGUGGUCCUUCAGGUCAGAAGGGAGAUGGCGGUAUGCCUGGACCUCCUGGACCACCAGGACCACCAGGAGAGGUCAUCCAGCCACUGCCUAUCCAAUCACCAAGGAAGACCCGAAGAUCUCCUGAAGGCAUGAUGGCAGAUGCAGUAGACAAUAUUUUGGAUUAUGAUGGAAUGGAUGAGAUAUUUGUUUCCCUAAAUUCUCUGAAACAAGACAUAGAGCGCAUGAAAUAUCCAGAAGGAUCCCAGAACAAUCCUGCUAGAACAUGCAAAGAUCUCCAGCUCUCUCACCCAGAGUUCCUUGAUGGUGAAUAUUGGAUCGAUCCAAACCAGGGCUGCUCUGGAGACUCAUUCAAAGUGUACUGCAACUUCACAGCCGGAGGGGAGACCUGUAUCUAUGCAGACAAGAAGUCCGAAGCAGUACGAAUUUCAUCCUGGCCAAAAGAAAACCCUGGUUCCUGGUUCAGUGAAUUCAAAAGAGGAAAACUGCUUUCUUAUGUGGAUGUUGAAGGCAACAGCAUUAACCAAGUUCAAAUGACAUUCCUGAGACUUCUCAGCUCCUCAGCCCGCCAGAACUUUACAUACAGCUGUCACCAAUCAGUGGCUUGGCAUGAUGCUGUUAACAACAACUAUGACAAGGCCCUGCGGUUCCUGGGUUCAAAUGAUGAGGAAAUUUCAUACGACAACAGUCCCUUCAUUGCAGCCCUGCAUGAUGGAUGUGCGCUGAGGAAAGGAUAUGCACGAACAGUCCUAGAAAUCAACACCCUGAAAAUAGAUCAAUUGCCUAUAGCAGAUGUUAUGAUCAGUGACUUUGGGGAUCAGAAUCAGAAGUUUGGAUUUGAGGUUGGCCCAGCCUGCUUCUUAGGUUGAGACUGGAAUGCGGACAAGCAGCUUCUAAAAAAAGUGUAAAAAAAUUAUUUUCUAAAAAAA